UUCAGGAAAAAAAGAGAAGGGCUUGUUUGGUUUGGUUCGUUUCAUCAAGAAUCCAUUCGAGGGAAAAAGAAAAAAAAAAAAAACCAUCUUUCCUUUCCUUUCUCUUCUUGCCUGUCAAUAUCAAGAAAUGUGAAUUUUGGUGAUAUGCACCAUUUGUGACUUGUAAUUUAUUGGGUGGAGAGAAAGAUUGAAUCUUUUUCUCUAUUUGAUGUAAUUGGGUCAAAGUGGGUUGUUUUUUAUUUAAUUAAGGAACAUUCAUUAAUGGAAAUGGAGAGCAUUGAGUGUGUAUCUUCAAGUGAUGGCAUUGAAGAUGAAGAGAUCCAGUCUUCUGUGUUAUUAGCUCAUCAAUUUUCUUCUGUAAAACCUCAUAAUAAUAACAUUAUUCCUGCCGGAAUUGCCCCUACUAGUGUUCAUGAAUUGCUUGAAUGCCCUGUUUGCACCAAUUCUAUGUAUCCACCUAUUCAUCAGUGUCACAAUGGGCACACACUUUGUUCUACCUGCAAAACACGGGUGCACAAUCGAUGUCCUACAUGUAGACAAGAGCUUGGUGAUAUAAGGUGCUUAGCACUGGAGAAGGUUGCUGAGUCACUUGAACUGCCUUGCAAAUAUUUUUCUUUGGGAUGCCCAGAAAUAUUCCCAUAUUACAGUAAGCUCAAGCAUGAAGCACUGUGCAAUUUUAGACCAUACAAUUGCCCAUAUGCUGGAUCAGAAUGCUCAGUGACUGGUGACAUCCCUUAUUUGGUUGCACAUUUAAGAGAUGACCACAAAGUGGAUAUGCACACGGGAUGCACAUUCAACCAUCGUUACGUCAAGUCAAAUCCCCGAGAAGUAGAAAAUGCCACAUGGAUGCUGACGGUCUUCCAUUGUUUUGGACAGUAUUUCUGUCUCCACUUUGAGGCCUUCCAGCUUGGUGUGGCUCCAGUUUAUAUGGCUUUUCUACGAUUUAUGGGCGAUGAGUCUGAGGCACGCAAUUACAGUUAUAGUCUUGAGGUAGGAGCGAAUGGUAGAAAGCUCAUAUGGGAGGGAACACCAAGAAGUGUUCGAGAUAGCCACCGCAAGGUCAGGGACUGUCAUGAUGGUCUAAUAAUCCAACGUAACAUGGCACUUUUCUUUUCUGGAGGGGAUCGAAAGGAGCUGAAACUUCGAGUUACUGGAAAGAUAUGGAAAGAACAGCAAAAUCCAGAAGGUGGAGUGUGCAUACCAAAUAUGUGUAGCUAAUUUAUUUCUCGGAGUGAUUGUUUUUUUUUUUUUUUUUUUUUUUUUAACCUCUACUUUCCCCUCCCCUAUUUUUUUCCUGUGGAUGUAUGUGCGUGUGACAGUGGGUGUAAGAGACGGACAGCAAUCUGUUUGCAUCGUCGUAACUUCAUGCUCUGCCCAGCUACAUAUCAUUGUCCCUGAAGAUUUAGUCAUAUCAAUUGUUAAUAACCAUCUUACAGUU